GGGCGGCGUUUCCGUGCGGGCCGUGUCGCGGGUGCCGGCCCCGCCAUGGCGGCGGAGAGCGAGGAUCCGCUGGGCUAUUUCGCGGCCUACGGCAGCUCCAGCUCCGACUCGGAGCCCGACGAGCCCCAGCCCGAGGAGCGCCAGGCGGGGGGCGGCGCGGCGGCGGGGGGCAGCCCGGGGGGACGGCCGCGGCUGCCGCCGCCCGACGAGCUCUUCCGUAGGGUGUCGCAGCCGCCCGCCUUCCUCUAUAACCCGCUCAACAAGCAGAUCGACUGGGAGAGCCGCGUCCUGCGGGCGCCCGAGGAGCCCCCCCGGGAGUUCAAGGUGUGGAAGACCAACGCCGUGCCCCCGCCGGAGAGCUACAGCCAGCCCGAGAAGAAGCCCCCCCCGCCGCCUGCCCUCGACAUGGCCAUCAAGUGGUCCAACAUCUACGAGGACAACGGGGCGGACGCGCCGCGGGCGGCCGGCAGGGCCCGGUUCCUGCCGGAUGAGGAGCUGGAGCGCCUGGAGCCGGAUGAUGAAAAAGAUGAUGAAAAAGAUGAUGAACCAGCUUCUGCUAAGAGACGUAAACUAAACUCUGGGGAGCAAACAAAGAAGAAGAAGUUAUGAACAGGGUGUGCUGGAUUUAGCCAUAAUGAAUAUUUCGAUGAACUUGGAUUCCUCUGCUGGAAUAGGAAACAUACACGUUUACCGAGUUUCUCUCUCCUGUUGGGUAGGGAACUUUAUUUCUAUAGUAUGCUUGCCUUUUGGAAAGCAAAAAGUUAAAUGGACAGUGUCGUGAUAGAAACUCAUCUACUGAAUGAAAUUUAAACCUGUUUAUUUAAAAGAGGUAUAUAGAAGAGGGAUCUAUAGUGAUGGAUACCCUUGCUCGUGCAGGUGACAGGGCUUCAUGGUAUUUUGUUUAUCAAGAAACCUGGUAACAUGGGCUUUUCUGGACUGAUUUUUCCAUUGUGUCAAAACCUUUUAUAAAGGAGUGUAUACUAAAGAUUCCUUAAGUACCGUCUUGUGAUGCUAGCGUAAUGUUGUCUUGAAAUGUAUGUAAAGACUUCAAAUAGGUCACUGGAAUAAAACUGCAUUUCAAAACAUCUUCAAUAUAAAUAUUGCAUUGCACGCUUGGUGAAAGGAGGGAUGAAUUCCCUACUGUAUACAUUUCAGUGAUGUAUUUCUUUUGACACAACAGAUUCCUCAGGGUUUUGUUUGUAAUAAAUAUACAGCUGCGAACUGAAAAGAAUAUGGACCUAAUAAUGGAGUUUAAUAUUUGAUAAUUGGUUUUGGUGUUAUGUCAUUGCAUCGGUGAAACAUGAGACUAACCGAUGCAGGAAGAAUUGACGUAUUCAACAUAUUUGACCUAAAAUUGAAAGUAGAAUUUAGAUAUUUAUGUAGGAGAAAAAGACAAAGCUGUGAUAGGGUCUUCACUACCAAAUUGUGUUUAUUUCGGUACAAAAACUGGUAACCUUCACAAAGUGCUAGUCAGUAUAUGUUGCAUUUGUGAUAUGCUGCUUGGAUUAUUGGGUCUGUAUAUGAAAAAGUACCAGCAAAACUGGGUUGGAGGGAGGGUUGCUCUAAGUUUAUUUUCAAAUAGAGCUUCUGUGCCUUAGGAAAUCUGCAGUGAGACUAGGCCUACUAGUAGAAUUUUAUGUAAUUAAACUGUGAAUGUAAACAUU